GAGUUAAGGCGUCGCUGCGUUCAGAUUCAGUAUCGGUUUUGGUUUUGGUUUUUCUGUUUGUAUUUCGUUUUCGGUUUCGGUAAUAUUCUGGUUUUAAAAACUAGCGCUAGUUUCUAGAGAAACUUAUCCGUUACGCUUUUCGGUGUGUGUGCGUGUUUUGAAUUGUGGUCUUAGACAGGGAGACAAUGGGUAAUUGGUAUCGCAACUAUGCGCCAAGUUGGCUACAACGCUGGAUACCUCCACCAUCUUCAACCAGGCGCAUAAAUCCAUUUCGCAGCAUACGCCCCGAUCCCGAUGUUGAAAAUUCUGGCAGCUCGGCGGUGCUGGGCGUGCAGCGAGUGGAUCUUUGCCUGGAGGACAAUCACGAGGAGCACCACACAAGUCAUUUCUAUGCUGCGGCAGCCAAGGAGGCGCUGAUUGUACGACGUGGCGAACCAUUCCGGCUGCGCAUCUAUUUCACCCGAGACUAUAGUCCCAGCAAGGAUGCGAUUAGUUUCAUAUUCAGUGUGACAGAUGAUCCCAAACCGAAUCCGGGACAUGGCACACUGAUGGCUCUCGUGCCGCACGAUGGCAUCGAUUGUUUGGGCGAUGCCCUCGAAUGGGGUGCCGGCAUUGAGGCCCAUGAGGGUCAGAUUCUCACAGUGCUAGUGAAGCCACCAACCACAUGCUCGGUCACCGAAUGGCGGCUGGAUAUCGAUACGAAGCUGUUGGGUGAUGGUUCGCGUAGCUAUCAACUGCCCCUGCCCAUUUACGUGCUCUUUAAUCCCUGGUGUCCCGAGGAUCAGGUCUACAUGGAGAGUCGAGAGGAGCGCAAGGAGUAUGUGAUGCACGACACGACUUUGAUAUGGCGCGGCUCCUACAAUCGAUUGCGUCCCUCAGUCUGGAAGAUUGGCCAGUUCGAGCGACAUGUGCUCGAGUGCAGCAUCAAACUGCUGGGCACAGUGGGUCGCAUACCACCUGCCUAUCGAGGUGAUCCGGUGCGGGUGGCCCGGGCACUGUCCGCCCUGGUCAAUUCGGUGGACGACGAUGGUGUGCUGUUGGGCAAUUGGACGGAGGAUUUCUCGGGCGGUACAGCGCCGACCAAAUGGACGGGCUCAGCGGAGAUUUUGCAACAGUUCCACAAGACCCAAAAGUCGGUGAAAUUUGCCCAGUGUUGGAAUUUCAGUGGAGUGCUAGCAACGAUAGCCCGUGCUCUGGGCAUACCGUCACGUGUCAUCACUUGCUACUCCUCCGCCCACGAUACACAGGCAUCCCUAACGGUGGAUGUGUUCAUCGAUGCGAACAACAAGAAAUUGGAGGCAGAGACAACCGAUUCCAUUUGGAAUUAUCAUGUGUGGAACGAGGUAUGGAUGCAGCGACCGGAUUUGGGUGUGGGCCAAUUCGGUGCCUAUGAUGGAUGGCAGGUGGUGGAUGCGACGCCGCAGGAAUCGUCCGAUAAUAUGUAUCGAGUGGGUCCCGCAUCCGUGCUGGCCGUUAAGCAUGGCGAAAUCCUGCGUCCCUUCGACUGUGGCUUCGUCUACUCGGAGGUGAAUGCGGAUAAGUUAUAUUGGCGCUACAAUGGUCCCGCACAGCCGCUGAAGCUGUUGCGCAAGGAUACGCUGGCAAUUGGUCAUCUGAUUAGCACCAAGGCGGUGCUGAAGUGGGAGCGAGAGGAUAUUACCGCUAGCUACAAGUUUGAGGAACGCACCGAGGAGGAAAGGAGCACAAUGCUGAAGGCAUUGAAGCAAUCCCGUCAUGCGUUCAGUCGCUACUACCUCAAUGACAAUUUCAAUGAGGUCGAGUUCAGCAUGGAGCUAAAGGAUGACAUCAAGGUGGGUGAGAACUUUACCGUUGUGCUUAAGGUGAGCAACAAGAGCGACGAGCGCAUCCAUCAGGCCACAGGACAGCUCAACUGUGAUGCCGUCCUCUAUACGGGCGUCGGUGCGGAGGAGGUGAAGAUCAUGGGCUUCGAGCUGGAUCUGAAGCCCAAGAGUACCGAAUAUGUACGCAUGGAGGUCACAUUCAACGAAUACUUUGAGAAGCUAUCAUCGCAGGGCGCAUUCCAAAUCUCGGCCGCGUGUCGUGUCAAGGAUACCGACUACGAUUAUUAUGCUCAGGAUGAUUUCCGUGUUCGCAAACCGGACAUCAAGUUCCAGCUGGGCGAUGCACCGAUUGUCGCCCAGCAGGAGAUCGAUGUGAUCCUGCGACUGGCCAAUCCACUGCCCAUACCACUGCAUCGUGGCGUCUUCACCGUCGAGGGCCCCGGCAUUGAGCAGCCGCUCAAGUUUAAGAUAUUUGAAAUUCCUGUGGGCGGCACGGCAGCGGCGACCUUUAAGUAUGUGCCACCGUAUGCGGGUCGUGGCACAAUGUUGGCCAAGUUCAGUGCCAAGGAGCUGGACGAUGUGGAUGGCUAUCGGCACUACGAGAUUGAGCCCCGUCCCGCCGAUAUACUCCAACCGAACGGAAGUCACAGCAGCAGCAAUAUCAUACGACGACGCACCGAUGUCAUUCCCUGAACCCCAACUUGUUCCCAUUUUCUAUUUGUUUUUUAUGUACAUUUUGUUUUAAGUUUAAGUUUUGAGUUUAAGUUUAAGUACUAAACAGUAUAAAAAGAUGAAAUGAAGUAACUCAAUCAGCAAAAAAAAAUCAGAAAGUAUAAAAUA